GGGGCGCGGCGCGUGCGCAGUCGGGGCGCGGGGGGGGCCGCUUCGGGUCCGUGUCGCUGGCGCGUCCUCCGCCUGUCGCGACAUCGGGGCGGCGAUAAUGGUGGAUUACCACAGCGCGGGGCAGCCUCACCCGUACGGCGGGAACGGGCCCGGCCCCAAUGGCGACUACAUGGCCCAGGAGGACGAUUGGGAUCGGGAUCUGCUCCUGGACCCCGCCUGGGAGAAACAGCAGCGCAAGACGUUCACGGCCUGGUGCAACUCCCACCUGCGCAAGGCCGGCACGCAGAUCGAGAACAUCGACGAGGAUUUCCGGGACGGGCUCAAGCUGAUGCUGCUGCUCGAGGUCAUCUCAGGCGAGCGGCUCCCGAAGCCGGAGCGGGGCAAGAUGAGGGUGCACAAGAUCAACAAUGUCAACAAGGCCCUGGACUUCAUCGCCAGCAAAGGCGUCAAGCUCGUCUCCAUUGGCGCCGAGGAGAUCGUGGACGGGAACGCCAAGAUGACGCUGGGCAUGAUCUGGACGAUCAUCCUGCGCUUCGCCAUCCAGGACAUCUCCGUGGAAGAGACCUCGGCCAAGGAGGGGCUCCUGCUCUGGUGCCAGCGGAAAACGGCUCCGUACAAGAACGUCAACGUCCAGAACUUCCACAUCAGCUGGAAGGACGGGCUGGCCUUCAACGCGCUCAUCCACCGGCACCGCCCGGAGCUGAUCGAGUACGACAAGCUGCGCAAGGACGACCCCGUCACCAACCUCAACAACGCCUUCGAGGUGGCCGAGAAGUACCUGGACAUUCCCAAGAUGCUGGACGCCGAGGAUAUCGUGGGCACGCUGCGGCCCGACGAGAAGGCCAUCAUGACCUACGUGUCCUGCUUCUACCACGCCUUCUCCGGGGCCCAGAAGGCGGAGACGGCGGCGAAUCGGAUCUGCAAAGUGCUGGCCGUGAACCAGGAGAACGAGCAGCUCAUGGAGGACUACGAGCGCCUGGCCUCGGAUCUGCUGGCGUGGAUCCAGCGCACCAUCCCCUGGCUGGAGGCCCGGGACCCCCAGAAGACCAUCCCGGCCAUGCAGCAGAAGCUGGAGGAUUUCCGCGAGUACCGGCGCGUGCACAAACCCCCCAAGGUGCAGGAGAAGUGCCAGCUCGAGAUCAACUUCAACACCCUGCAGACCAAGCUGCGCCUCAGCGGCCGGCCCGCCUUCAUGCCCUCCGAGGGCAGGAUGGUCUCGGACAUCGGGGCGGGCUGGCAGCGCCUGGAGCAGGCCGAGAAGGGCCACGAGGAGUGGCUGCUGACGGAGCUGCGGCGCCUGGAGCGCCUGGAUCACCUGGCCGAGAAAUUCCGGCAGAAAGCCUCGAUCCACGAGGGGUGGACGGAAGGUAAGGAGGUGGCCCUGAGGGACCGGGACUCGGGCACGGCCUCGCUGGCCCAGGUGCGGGCGCUGCUCCGCAAGCACGAGGCCUUCGAGUCGGACCUGGCGGCGCACCAGGACCGGGUGGAGCAGAUUGCGGCCAUCGCCCAGGAGCUCAACGAGCUGGAUUACUACGACUCGCCGAGCGUCAACGCGCGGUGCCAGAAGAUCUGUGACCAGUGGGACCUGCUGGGCUCGCUGACCCACAGCCGCCGCGAGGCGCUCGAGCAAACGGAGAAGCAGCUGGAGACCAUCGACGAGCUGCACCUGGAGUACGCCAAGCGCGCGGCGCCCUUCAACAACUGGAUGGAGAGCGCCAUGGAGGACCUGCAGGACAUGUUCAUCGUGCACACCAUCGAGGAGAUCCAGGGCCUGAUCGCCGCCCACGACCAGUUCAAGUCGACGCUGCCGGACGCGGACAAGGAGCGGGAGGCGAUCCUGGGGAUCCAGCGGGAGGCGCAGCGGAUCGCGGAUCUGCACGGGAUCCAGCUGCCCGCCAGCAACCCCUACACCUCGGUCACGCCCCAGAUCAUCAACUCCAAGUGGGAGCGGGUGCAGCAGCUGGUGCCCAAGCGGGACCAGGCGCUGCAGGAGGAGCAGAGCCGGCAGAACUCCAACGAGCACCUGCGGCGGCAGUUCGGCAGCCAGGCCAACCGCGUGGGGCCCUGGAUCCAGACCAAGAUGGAGGAGAUCGGCCGGAUCUCCAUCGAGAUGAACGGGACCCUGGAGGACCAGCUGAACCACCUGAAGGAGUACGAGGAGAACAUCGUGGAGUACAAACCCAACCUGGAGCUGCUGGAGCAGCAGCACCAGCUGGUGCAGGAGGCGCUCAUCUUCGACAACCAGCACUCCAACUACACCAUGGAGCACCUGCGCGUGGGCUGGGAGCAGCUGCUGACCACCAUCGCCCGGACCAUCAACGAGGUGGAGAACCAGAUCCUGACCCGCGACGCCAAGGGCAUCAGCCAGGAGCAGAUGCAGGAGUUCCGCGCCUCCUUCAACCACUUCGACAAGGACCACGGCGGUGCCCUGGGCCCGGAGGAGUUCAAGGCCUGUUUGAUCAGCCUGGGCUACGACGUCGAGAACGACCGGCAGCCGAAGCGCCGCACGGACUCCAACGACUUCCGCGCCCUGCUGGGCCCCGCGGGAUCCGGCCUGGGCGACGCCGAGUUCCAGCGGAUCAUGGCCGUGGUGGAUCCCAACGGCAGCGGCAGCGUCACCUUCCAGGCCUUCAUCGACUUCAUGUCCCGGGAAACCACGGACACGGACACGGCCGAGCAGGUCAUCAACAGCUUCCGCGUGCUGGCCGGGGACAAGAACUACAUCACAGCGGCCGAGCUGCGGCGGGAGCUGCCGGCGGCGCAGGCCGAGUACUGCAUCGCCCGCAUGGCGCCCUACCCCGGCCCCGACGGCGUCCCCGGCGCCCUGGACUACAAAUCCUUCUCCACGGCGCUGUACGGCGAGAGCGACCUCUGAGCGGGGCCCCGGGAUCCCCCGGGAUCCCCGACGGUCCCGGAUCCCCCAGGAUCCCCCGGGAUCCCGGAUCCCCGACCCCCCGCCUCCUACUAUGCAACAGUUGAUUGAUCUUGGGAUAUUUCGGGAUGCGAUUCCCACUUUUCCUCGGGUUCCGCCUCCCGCGGGGCCUCGCAGCGCCCGGAAAUGGUUAUUUUUGGUAACGAGACACAGAGAGAGAGAGAAAGAGAGAAAUUCCCGCUAUUUUUCACGGGCUCGGCGGCGCAGCCCGAGGGUUCCCUCUCCCCUCACGUUUCCCCCACUUCUCACCUAAUUUAUGGCUUUUUUCCAGAGGGGAAAAAUCCGGGGUUUUGGGGGGGUUUUUUUUAGGUUUUUCACUCACAUUCCCACCUCGGAGCAGCGUUUUGUGGACCAAAAAAAAAAAAUAAAUGGGGGAAGUAAGGGGGGAAGAGGGAAAAAAGGCGAGAAAUGCGAAGCACAGAGAAAUGAGGAAAAAAUUAGGAGGAAAAAUGUGGAGAGAGAUGGAAAAUUAGAAAAAAAAUAAGGAGAAAUGAAAAAUGUGGAAAAAUUAGGAGAGGAAUGAGGAAAAUCAUGGAGAAAUCUGGAGGAAUACAGAAAAAUAUGGGAAAAUAAUGAUAAAUGAAGAAGAGUAAGGAGAAGAAUCUAGAGAGAAAUAAGGAGAACUGUGGAAAAGUAUUAAAAAUUAAGAGAAACAAGGAGGAAAAUUAUGAGAAAUCCGCCUAAUAAAGCGCCUGAUCCUGGAAAAUUUUGACGGGAAGCAGAAAAUUCCGGUUUCCUUUAUAACUUUACGGAUUUAUUAUAUAAAUAUAUAUUCACGUAGCAGCUUCUUUGUCCUGUAAUUAAAAUAUUGCUGGAAAAAACAA